AUGGAAGGUGCCGGCGACGCCCCAGGACGAAAUGGCUAUGUUGAAUUCAAUGGAUAUGACACCAAUCUGUUGAAUGAUGGAUUAGAGGGACAUCAAGUGGAUGGAAUGAGUAACAGUCCUGACGAAGAACAGUCGCCAAAUUUGCAAGGAAACAAAGGGAGAACAAAAAAAAUUGAGAAGAAUGAGGAUGUAUUAUUGGUGGAUUCAUGGCUUAACAUUAGUAUGGACCCGGUGCAAGGCAACAAUCAGAAAAGAACCACAUACUGGAAUAGGAUUCAUGCUUACUUCCACGAGAAUAAAGACUUCUCCUCUAGUUGCAAUGCGAACUCUCUAAUGCAUCGUUGGAGUGUUAUUCAAGAGCAUGUUAACAAGUUCGUAGGAUGUAUUGCCCAGAUCGAGGCUAGGAAGCAAAGUGGAACGACAAUUGAGCAAAGACUUGUGGAAGCAAAAACUUUGUUCGAGUCACAAGAAAAAAAGGAGUUUAAAUUCCUUCAUUGCUGGUCCAUAUUGCGUGAUUCUACCAGCAAACAUGUAGAUGAUGAAGAGGCUGCAGGUAAUGAAGAUGAAAUCCAAAGAGACCACUGGAAACAAGAGUAUGAAGUUGAAAAAGAGCGAAAGAAAGAGGAGAGGUAUAAAGAAGCUUUUGCACUAGAACAAGAACGAACUGCACUGAAGAAGAAGCAAGUUGAGUUCAAUAUAACCAACAAGGAAGACAAGAUCAUGAGCAUGGAUCUUACUGCGUUGACAUACGAUCAGCAAAUCUACUUCAGUAACCGCCAGAAGGAGAUCGCUGCUCGUUCCAUGCCUCAGGUUGAGAGAUGA